UAGCGAAGCAAAACCGAACUAAUGGAAUAAAUAACCGGAAUCUCUAGAAUACAACAAAUUUGAAAAAAGUUUACGAGAAAUAUUUAAAAAAGUUUCAAAAACUACAAUUUGAAAAUUUCAAGAAAACUUUAAGAGUAAAAGAGCCGUGGCAUGGAUUCAAACGCUUAUAGCAUGAAGCAGCCUUCUGAACAUUAUAAGCCUUAUGGAAGAGCACGUACGGAUAUAAAGAACAAAAAGACUUUGAAAGAAGAUAAAACAUUAUGUAAUUUGGUGAAGCAGCAUCCGCAGCUGUACGACGAAGGACACAAGGGUUAUAGUCAGAAAAAGGCUACAGAUGAGGCAUGGCACACGAUUGCGGAAUCGUUGGGGAAGUCAGUGCCUGAAUGCAAGGAACGCUGGCGAAAUAUACGCGCCGCCUACGCACGCUCCAUUGACGACUACAAAACAAAGCGUGGAAAGAACCGUGGUAGGCAGUACUAUUUAGCAAAGGAAAUGGAAUUUUUAAAACCCCACAAACUAAAAGAAGUUACACAAAAUAAUAAACAAAAUAAUAGGAUUAAUAACUCAGAAGCUGGCGCAAACGAAAACGACGAAACUUAUUCAUUAGCGAUGUGUCUAAUUGACAGUAUGGACAAAAAGAGUUUGCGAGAUUUGGAGCUAAUCAUUGAUCAUAAACUGAGACAAAUUGUUGCUACAAAAACUAACAAGGACAACGAGUUGUCUGCGCCCAUGCAAUAGCUACCAAUGCAGGCAUUCAAGGAGGAACCAGAGUUAUCCCUAUGACUCUUUAAAGUAUUACGUAUAUAUAACCUUUGUUCACCUUGGGAUCGGUGCUAACAACUGUAAUAAUUUAACAUUGAAAUUUAACAGUAUUGACAAUUAACACCAACAAUACUAAACGUACAAAAGCCUCCAAAUAUAUCAUAAAGUGUGUCAGGGCGUAUAAAUAACCUCUGCAGAGAAACUCAGCAGCGUUGGCCAGCUUUAUAUCGAAUGCAAUUUAGUUGGGAAUUUCGUCAUAAUUUAAGCAUUAUGAGUUAACGCCAGGCAACAAAAACAAACAACGCAUUUGUGAAGUUCUGCUUCUCACUUAUAAAUAAAUGUUUUUCUAAAAAUAUUUGCAUUA